UGGCGAAUGGUCACAAUGCACUCGGAUGUGUCUGUCGACAAGCCCAAAUUUAACAGGAAACUGGUCAUGACAGCGCGAAAAUUUGGACCACGGAAGCAGCACAAGGCACCAAGUUCACUCUGAGGAUCCUGUAGAGUACUGCAGGGACCAUGUUGGACCCAUCUUCGAGCGAAGAAGAGUCCGAAAAUGACAUCUACGACGACGAAACGGAUGCGUUGUCCGUGCCGAGUCAGGCUGGGCUUCGGACCAGCGCGUCCAGCAAUGACAGCCUGCAGACCAGCGGCGCUGUCCCCGGGGCGGGCGGCCACCGAGCGUCCGUCGUACGACCAGCAAGCCCCAGUCCCUCCCUGAUUAGUGAAAAGGAAAGGGAAGAAACAGAGAGAUUACAGAGGGAAGAAGAAGAACACAAGAAAAGACUACAGCUGUAUGUCUUCGUGAUGCGAUGUAUCGCCUACCCCUUCAACGCCAAGCAGCCGACCGACAUGGCGAGACGGCAGACCAAAGUCACCCGUCAACAGCUGACAACAAUCAAAGAACGAUUUCAAUCUUUCAUCAACGGUGAGACUCAAAUAGUUGCCGAUGAGGCUUUCUGUAAUGCCGUUCAGAACUACUUCCAGGUGUUCCUGAAGAGCGAUCGGGUUCUGAAGAUGGUCCUAAGCGGAGGGUGUUCCUCCCAUGAUUUCCGGGAGGUGUUCAAGAACAAUGUGGAGAAGAGAGUCCGGAGUUUACCAGAGAUUGAUGGGCUGAGUAAAGAGACGGUGCUGAGCUCGUGGAUGGCUAAGUUUGACGCAAUCUAUCGUGGGGAGGAAGACCCAAGGAAACAGCCACAGAGAUUGUCAACGGCAGCUGCAUCUGAGCUUAUUCUCAGUAAGGAACAGCUGUAUGAUAUGUUCCAGAACAUCUUGGGAAUCAAGAAGUUUGAGCACCAGUUAUUAUACAAUGCAUGUCAGUUGGACAAUGCAGAUGAGCAAGCAGCCCAGAUCAGGAGAGAACUGGAUGGGAGACUGAAACAGGCAGAAGAUCUUGCCAGGACGAAGAAGGGGCCAAGGUUCAUCGUGAAGGAGAUGGAGAGUCUGUUUGUGGAGGAGCUACGGUCUGCCGUCAACCUUCUCAUGGCCAACCUGGAGAGUUUGCCGGUGUACAAGGGCAAUACAGAUUCCAAGUAUUCACUUCAGAAACUCAAGAGGGCUCAGAACACAGCUGUCUCCAUGAUGGAGGUUACCGAGGACUCAGAGCCCACAUUGUCCAAGUCGGAUGUCGUCCUUUCAUUCACGCUGGAGGUUCUUGUGAUGGAGGUGCAAGGUUUGAAGUUCCUAGCUCCUAACAGGAUUGUGUACUGCACCAUGGAGGUAGACGGUGGAGAGAAACUGCAGACAGAUCAGGCAGAAGCCAGCAAACCAGCUUGGGACACGCAAGGUGACUUCACUACAACGCACCCACUGCCUGUGGUCAAGAUCAAGCUAUACACAGAGAAUACAGGAGUGCUUAGCAUCGAUGAUACCCUCCUCGGAAAGAUUGUGACGAAACCGACGCCCAACAGUCCUAAGACGCCCGAAUGGUACAAGAUGAACACGCCCAAACAGAUGCAGAAUCCCAUCAAGAUAAAGCUAGCCAUCCGAAUGGAUAAGCCACAGAACAUGAAGCACUGUGGAUGGAUGUACUGUAUGGGAAAGACAGUCUGGAAGAAAUGGAAGAAGCGGUUCUUUGUUUUAGUCCAGGUGAGUCAGUACACAUUUGCUCUGUGUAGCUACAGAGAGAAGAAAGCCGACCCCAACGAGAUGAUGCAACUAGACGGUUACACAGUCACCUACACUGACCCCGAACCAGACUUGGAGAGCCAAGGAGGUCGUUUCUUCUUCAAAGCCCUGAAGGAAGGUGAUGACAUCGUCUUGGCAUGUGAUGAGGAAGUGGACCGCCAGCUGUGGGUCCAGGCUAUGUACCGGGCCACGGGGCAAACCCACAAACCUGUCCCCCCUACGCAGAUUGCUGGCGGUAAGGGUGCCAAUGCCAUCAUCUCAAGACUGCAAGGAGAUGCAGACCGUGCCCGCAAGCACGGCAUGGAUGAGUUCAUUCACAAGAGUCCAUGUGAGUUUGACCACUCGGCUUUGUUUGAGUUACUCCAAGAACUCACUCUGGACCAUAGACUGAAUGACUCGUACUCGUGUCUGGGUUGGUUCAGCCCCGGUCAGAUCUUUGUUUUGGACGAGUAUUCGGCUCGGUACGGGGUACGAGGUUGUCACCGCCAUCUCUGCUACUUGAACAACCUCUUAGACAGGGCAGAGAAAGGAACCAUGAUCGACCCCACACUUAUCCACUAUAGCUUUGCAUUCUGUGCCUCUCAUGUCCAUGGCAACAGGCCCGAUGGCAUUGGUACAGUAACCAUCGAUGAAAAAGAUAAAUUUGAUGAAAUCAAAGACCGACUCCGCGGUCUGUUAGAACAUCAAAUCACACAUUUCAGGUAUUGUUUUCCUUUUGGAAGACCAGAGGGUGCUCUCAAGGCGACGUUGUCCUUACUGGAAAGGGUGUUGAUGAAGGACAUCGUAACCCCGGUACCUCAGGAGGAGGUACGCUACACAAUCAAGAAGUGUCUUGAGAAUGCUGCCCUCGUUAAUUAUGAACGUGUCUCUGCCUACGCCAGGAUAGAAGAGGAUGGUGAGGAGGGGCAUGUUCGCAAAGAGAGUCUUAACAGUGAGGGUCUCCCUCCAGAGAAGCGUCUGGAGGAUGUUCUCCAUCUCGCCGAGCUGUGCAUUGAUGUCUUGCAACAAAAUGAAGAACAUCACGCAGAGCGCGACAAACACAAAGAAUCUCAGGCAUUUGCAUGGUUCAGUGAACUACUGGUAGAACAUGCAGAGAUCUUUUGGUCGCUGUUUGCUGUGGAUAUGGACAGCGCCCUCGAGGUUCAACCCCCUGACACCUGGGACAGCUUCCCUCUGUUUCAGCUGCUCAAUGACUACCUUCGUCUGGAAAAUUUGAACGGUGGACGGUUCCACAUGCAUCUACAGGACACGUUUGCCCCUCAGGUCAUUCGCUAUGUAGACUUGAUGGAGUCGUCUAUUGCGCAAUCCAUCCACAGAGGCUUCGAAAGAGAGAAAUGGGAGCCCAAAGGUAAUGGGACAGAAACCUCCGAGGACCUAUUUUGGAAGCUGGACGCCCUGCAGACGUUCAUCCGAGACCUGCACUGGCCCCAGGAGGAGUUUGCCAAGCACCUAGACCACCGUCUCAAGCUCAUGGCUGCUGAUAUGAUCGAAUCCUGCGUCAAUAGGACGAUGAAAGCAUUUGAAGUAUGGGUCAAGAAAGGUCGGGUAAACUGUGAUUACCGCGUGCCCUCUGAGAUGUGCGUCAUGAUGAACGUAUUGACCGAUGCCAAGGUCCAAUCGUCAAAGCUCUGCCCCGUCUCUAAGGACCAGGAGAAUCAUCAGUACCACACCAAGAUUGACGAUGUCGUUCAGACACAGAGUUCCAUACUGAUCAAUACAUUGGUGGCCAAGAUGCGUUGCGUCCUAGAGGGCAUGCUCUCUAAGCUGGCUCGAUACGACGAGGGUACAUUCAUGGCUUCCAUUCUCUCCUUCACGAAACCCGGAUCGGAGGUGGCUGAUGACUAUGCUUGCUUUGUCUGUGAGAACCUAGAUGAAGUCAGAGAAUGUCUACAUGAUGAUGAGUUCAUCUAUUCGCUAUUUGAUGCAUUUUAUACAGCCAACAUGAACCUGUUGUGUGACUGGUUGUCAGAUAGGAUGGACCUUCAGCUGCAUGUACAUCAACUCAGCACAUUGCUACGUGUUACCAAUAAAAUGUACAAAGAUUUUGAGAUGCACGGCGUAUCCAACCGGAGCCUCAACAGCAAGACGUACGAGGCCGUACGUCACCGGCUGCAAGUGGAGGAAGCCACUGCAUCCGUAACCCACGGCAACCUGGCCUUGACCAACGGCAGUACAGAGGAUGAGGACGAUGAUGAGGAAGACUAAAAAGGAGAACGUGGCGAGAAGUCUAGGAGCAAAAACAAACAAAAUCAUUCUCAACAUUCAACAAGGUUUCUUUUAAUUUCCCCCAUUGAAAGGGUUUGAUCAUUCAUUCUAAGGGCCUUGUCACGGGAGGCAACUUUUACAGGCAACUUGGAGGCAACCAACUGCAGGGCAUGCUACAUGUACA